CGCUGCUGUGCGCACGGCGGAUCAACUAGCCUUGAAACCACCCGGACCGAGGCACACGCUGCGCGCAUGCGCGGCCCCGAGUCCCCGCCUCCAGGCCGCGCCUGUCGGGGGCGGGGCGCCGCUGGGGGCGGGUCCUGCGGCACCGCCCGGGAAGCUGCGCGAGGUUCUAUAGCCUCCACCACAUCCUUCUCCUCUUCUGGUCCAAGCGAGCGGAGCCGAGCCAGGGCCAAGCGGAGGGCGCCGACGGGGUGGACUGAGCGAAGCGCCGAGCCAUGGCGCACCAGACGGGCAUCCAUGCCACGGAAGAGCUGAAGGAAUUCUUUGCCAAGGCACGGGCUGGCUCUGUGCGGCUCAUCAAGGUUGUCAUUGAGGACGAGCAGCUCGUGCUGGGUGCCUCGCAGGAGCCAGUGGGCCGCUGGGACCAGGACUAUGACAGGGCUGUGCUGCCACUGCUGGACGCCCAGCAGCCCUGCUACCUGCUCUACCGCCUCGACUCUCAGAAUGCUCAGGGCUUUGAAUGGCUCUUCCUCUCGUGGUCACCUGAUAACUCCCCCGUGCGGCUGAAGAUGCUGUAUGCGGCCACACGGGCCACGGUGAAAAAGGAGUUUGGAGGUGGCCACAUCAAGGAUGAGCUCUUUGGGACCGUGAAGGAUGACCUCUCUUUUGCUGGGUACCAGAAACACCUGUCAUCCUGUGCAGCACCUGCCCCGCUAACCUCGGCCGAGAGAGAGCUUCAGCAGAUUCGCAUCAACGAGGUGAAGACAGAGAUCAGCGUGGAAAGCAAGCACCAGACCCUGCAGGGCCUCGCCUUCCCCCUGCAGCCCCAGGCCCAGCGGGCACUCCAGCAGCUCAAGCAGAAGACAGUCAACUACAUCCAGCUGAAGCUGGACUUGGAGCGGGAGACCAUUGGGCUGGUGCACACAGAGCCCACGGAUGUGGCCCAGCUGCCCUCCCGGGUGCCCCGAGAUGCUGCCCGCUACCACUUCUUCCUCUACAAGCACACCCAUGAGGGUGACCCCCUCGAGUCUGUGGUGUUCAUCUACUCCAUGCCGGGGUACAAGUGCAGCAUCAAGGAGCGCAUGCUCUACUCCAGCUGUAAGAGCCGCCUCCUCGACUCCGUGGAGCAGGACUUCCAUCUGGAGAUCGCCAAGAAAGGUUUCUGCCGCAGCACCCUGCACCCGCUGUCUAUCCUGGUGCAGGCCAUGGUGCUGGCCAUGACCCUGGCCCUGGGUACCUUGCCUGCCUUCCUACCCUGUGAGCUUCAGCCCCAUGGCCUGGUGAACUGCAACUGGCUGUUCCUGAAGUCGGUGCCCCACUUCUCUGUGGCAGCACCCCGGGGCAAUGUCACCAGCCUUUCCUUGUCCUCCAACCGCAUCCACCACCUCCAUGAUUCUGACUUUGCCCAUCUGCCCAGCCUGCGGCGUCUCGACCUCAAGUGGAACUGCCCGCCAGUUGGCCUCAGCCCCAUGCACUUCCCCUGCCACAUGACCAUUGAGCCCAACACCUUCUUGGCUGUGCCCACCCUAGAGGAGCUAAACCUGAGCUACAAUAGCAUCACGGCUGUGCCUGCACUGCCCAAAUCCCUCGUAUCCCUGACCCUCAGCCGCACCAACAUCCUGGUGCUAGACUCUGCUAGCCUGGCUGGCCUUCAUGCCCUGCGCUUCCUAUUCAUGGAUGGCAACUGUUACUACAAGAACCCCUGCAGGGAGGCACUGGAAGUGGCCCCGGGUGCCCUCCUUGGCCUGGGCAACCUCACCCACCUGUCACUCAAGUACAACAACCUUACCGUGGUGCCCCGCAACCUGCCUUCCAGCCUGGAGUAUCUGCUGUUGUCCUACAACCACAUUAUCAAACUGGCGCCUGGGGACCUGGCCAAUCUGACGGCCCUGCGUGGUCUCGAUGUGGGUGGGAAUUGCCGGCGCUGCGACCACGCUCCCAACCCCUGCCUGGAGUGCCCUCGUCACUUCCCCCAGCUACACCCCAAUACCUUCAGCCACCUGAGCCGUCUUGAAGGCCUGGUGUUGAAGGACAGUUCUCUCUCCUGGCUGAAUGCCAGUUGGUUCCACGGGCUGGGAAACCUCCGAGUGCUGGACCUGAGUGAGAACUUCCUCUACGAAUGCAUCACCAAAACCAAGGCCUUCCAGGGCCUGACACAGCUGCGCAAGCUCAACCUGUCCUUCAAUUACCAAAAGAGGGUGUCCUUUGCCCACCUGUCUCUGGCCCCCUCCUUCGGGAGCCUGUUCUCACUGGAGGAGCUGGACAUGCACGGCAUCUUCUUCCGCUCGCUGGAUGAGACCACGCUCCGGCCGCUGGCCCGCCUGUCCAGGCUCCAGACUCUGCAUCUGCAAAUGAACUUCAUCAACCAAGCCCAGCUCGACAUCUUCGGGUCCUUCCCCGGCCUGCGCCAUGUAGACCUGUCGGACAACCGCAUCAGUGGAGCUUCAGAGCUGGCGGCCACCACAGGAGAGGCGGACGGUGGGGAGAAGGUCUGGCUGCAGCCUGGGGACCUUGCUCCAGCCCCAGUGGACACUCCCAGCUCUGAAGACUUCAUGGCCAACUGCGGCACCCUCAACUUCACCUUGGAUCUGUCGCGGAACAACCUGGUGACCGUGCGACCGGAGAUGUUUGCCCGGCUCUCGCACUUGCAGUGCCUGCGCCUGAGCCACAACUGCAUCACUCAGGCGGUCAAUGGCUCGCAGUUCCUGCCAUUGACUGAUCUGCGCGUGCUGGACUUGUCCCACAAUAAGCUGGACCUGUACCAUGAGCACUCGUUCACAGAGCUACCGCGAUUGGAGGCCUUGGACCUCAGCUACAACAGCCAGCCCUUUGGCAUGCAGGGCGUGGGUCACAACUUCAGCUUCGUGGCCCACCUGCGCACCCUGCGGUACCUCAGCCUGGCCCACAACAACAUCCACAGCCGAGUGUCCUCGCAGCUCUGCAGCACCUCGCUGCGGGCCCUGGACUUCAGUGGCAAUGCGCUGGGCCGGAUGUGGGCCGAGGGAGACCUCUAUCUGCACUUCUUCCAAGGACUGAGCGGCUUGAUCUGGCUGGACUUGUCCCAGAAUAGCCUGCACACCCUCCUGCCCCGUACCCUGGGCAACCUCCCCAAGACCCUGCAGGUGCUGCGUCUCCGUGACAAUAAGCUGGCCUUCUUUAAGUGGAAGAGCCUUGCCCUCCUGAGCAAAUUGGAAGCCCUCGACCUGGCAGGAAACCAGCUGAAGGCCCUGACCAAUGGCAGCCUGCCUGCCAUGACCCGGCUCCGGAAGCUGGACAUCAGCAGCAACAGCAUCAGCUUUGUGGCCCCGGGCUUCUUUUCUAAUGCCAAGAAGCUUCGAGAGCUCAACCUCAGCGCCAAUGCCCUCAAGACAGUGGACCCCUCCUGGUUUGGGCCCCUGGUGGGUGCCCUGAAAAUACUAGAUGUGAGCACCAACCCUCUGCACUGCGCCUGCGGGGCGGCCUUUGUGGACUUCCUGCUGGAGGUGCAGGCUGCCGUGCCUGGCCUGCCCAGCCGGGUGAGGUGUGGCAGUCCCGCCCAGCUCCAGGGCCAAAGCAUCUUCGCACAGGACCUGCGCCUCUGCCUGGAUGAAGCCCUCUCCCGGGACUGUUUCAGCCUCUCGCUGCUGGCUGUGGCUCUGGGCCUGGGGGUGCCCCUGCUGCAUCAACUCUGUGGCUGGGACCUCUGGUACUGCUUCUACCUGGGCCUGGCCUGGCUUCCCCGGUGGGGGCGGCGAGGUGGACGAGGUGAGGAUGCCCUGCCCUACGAUGCCUUCGUGGUCUUUGACAAGGCGCAGAGCGCCGUGGCAGACUGGGUGUACAAUGAGCUUCGGAGGCAGCUGGAGGAGCGCCGUGGGCGCUGGGCACUCCGCCUGUGCCUGGAAGAGCGUGACUGGCUACCUGGCAAGACCCUCUUUGAGAACCUGUGGGCCUCGGUCUAUGGCAGCCGCAAGACGCUGUUUGUGCUGGCCCACACAGAUCGGGUGAGUGGCCUCUUGCGCGCCAGCUUCUUGUUGGCCCAGCAGCGCCUGCUGGAGGACCGCAAAGAUGUUGUGGUGCUGGUGAUCCUGAGUCCCGAAGCCCACCGCUCCCGCUACGUGCGGCUGCGCCAGCGCCUCUGCCGCCAGAGUGUCCUCCUGUGGCCCAACCAGCCCAGCGGUCAGCGCAGCUUCUGGGCUCAGCUGGGUAUAGCCCUGACCAGGGACAACCACCACUUCUAUAACCGAAACUUCUGCCAGGGACCCACGACCGAAUAACCCUGAGUCAGAGUCCCUCACGGCACCGCCUCCAUGCUCACUGCACCUCUGCCUGCCUUGCUCCUCUUCUGCUUGCCUCCCUCACCCUACAGCUGACACAGAGCAGACACUCAAUAAAUGCUGCUGAAGGC